UUUAUAUAUAAAUUUCGAAAUCUCAAAGCGCAAGGAGAGCAUCAAUGGUGAAAAGCUUGUGAUUAGCCAACGACGACGAGGAACGAGUGUAGCAAACUCUACAAUAAGUAGAGCAAAGCUACAAAUCUCAUUACUCUGCAAGCGAAUCGAGAUUCUGAUCUUCCAAAUCGAGAUCUGAUCCCAAAAUGGAGAGCGAGAAGAAGCAGUCGUCGUCAGUCUCCGACGUCGGAGCAUGGGGAAUGAACAUCGUCAGCUCCGUGGGGAUCAUCAUGGCUAAUAAACAGCUCAUGUCUUCCUCUGGCUUCGGAUUCAGCUUCGCGACAACACUAACGGGAUUCCACUUCGCGCUCACGGCGCUCGUUGGCAUGGUGUCGAACGCGACGGGGCUCUCUGCGUGGAAGCACAUUCCUCUUUGGGAGCUUCUUUGGUUCUCUAUUGUAGCUAACGUCUCCAUCGCUGCUAUGAACUUCAGCCUCAUGCUCAACUCUGUUGGCUUCUACCAGAUAUCGAAGCUGAGUAUGAUUCCGGUUGUAUGCGUGAUGGAAUGGAUACUACAUAGCAAGCAUUACUCUAGAGAAGUGAAGGCGUCUGUUAUGGUUGUGGUUGUUGGUGUUGGCAUCUGUACUGUCACUGAUGUCAAGGUUAAUGCCAAAGGUUUCAUUUGCGCUUGUACUGCCGUCUUCUCCACUUCCCUGCAGCAGAUUUCCAUAGGCUCUCUGCAGAAGAAAUACUCGGUAGGGUCUUUUGAGUUGCUGAGCAAAACAGCUCCUAUCCAAGCACUUUCACUCCUCAUCUUUGGCCCCUUUGUUGACUAUUUCUUGAGCGGCAAGUUCAUCACUACUUACCAGAUGACUUAUGGUGCCAUUUUCUGUAUUCUUCUUUCCUGCGCUUUAGCCGUUUUCUGUAACAUAAGCCAAUACCUCUGCAUAGGAAGAUUCUCUGCAACGUCAUUUCAAGUUCUAGGCCACAUGAAAACAGUCUGCGUCCUUACGCUUGGAUGGCUUCUCUUUGAUUCGGAGAUGACGUUCAAGAACAUCUCCGGUAUGGUCGUAGCUGUUGUCGGGAUGGUGAUCUAUAGCUGGGCGGUUGAUCUAGAGAAACAGAGAAACGCAAAGUCGACUCCUCAUGGGAAAAACAGUAUGACAGAAGAUGAGAUUAAGCUACUCAAGGAAGGAAUAGAGCAUAUCGAUUUGACAGAUGUUGAGCUCGGUGAGACCACUAAAGUAUAGAUAGAUACAAUGUGUGUGUGUGUGCUUUUUAUCAAGUUUCAAAUUACACGUCGAAUACUUAUGUUUUUGAAGACUAUACAAGUACAAAAGUGUCUCCUUUACUACUACUA